UCCACCUUCUUUCUAGCAAAUCCCACCCCUCCAACGGUUACAACACCUUCCACCUCCGCCCAAUUCGCCCCCACGCCGACGUUCACUACCACACCCCAACGGCACGCGUUAUCAUCACUUGCACUCGACCCCCAACUCUCCUUCGAAUGCCACCCUUGUUCCAUCUCCCACGGUAACCUCACUGGUCCGGCCAUGUCGGACGGCCCGCCGAGCGACCCUCCACCGCCGGAUGAAUGCGAACCCUCUCGGACCAAGCCAUGACAUUUUGCUCAGUGGGGCCAUCUUCCCCGAAGCAAGCAUCUAAGAAGGCGGCAAUGAAGCUGGCCAAAGCUAAACUUAAGUCACGGAAGAGCACUCCAGCACCACCAACCAAAGAGAACGACCGGAAGAGAUUCAUCCCGUCUCCACUUCCCGAAGACAAGCAACUCCGGAAGAAGAUAGAUUUCGGAGAGGAGGAAGGUACCCCACUUGAGAGUCCCAAAUUCAAAGGGGCAAUAUUUCCGGCGACUUCAAACAAAGAAAUUGAGGGUAUCAUCCGGCCAAAGACGUGCGAGCAACGUGACUUCAAUGACGAGCUUGAUUUGGACAAGCCAAUCAAGGUAUGUGAAGCUCCUCCUAAUAACUCGCGCUUUUCCGAUCAAGAUUCCGACCGGAGAGCCGGAGAGGGGCCGGCCGCCGAUGAGGUAACGGUCAUCCAGCCAAGUCAUGGCAAUACACUUAUACUUGUUGCUGCAAAAACAAAAGAAGUAUUGGAGGAAGAGAGAGUCAAACUUCUUGAAAUGAAUAUGGGUACAAAAGAGGUUUUGGAAAGUGGUUUGGUCUCUUACCACAAUGGUGACUCACGUGAUGCACUAGACUUGGGAGGCCAUGUGCAGUCAAAUCCUACCAACCUCCUCCUUGUAGCCUCCUUGGACUUGGCGGAUACACUUGACGCCAUGGAGACCCAACCGCUCAUCGACGCCGGAAAAGUGGACAUAGGGCGACCGGCGGCCGAGCCGAACUGGAUACUUAGAAUUCGUAAUGACCCCUCCCCCAUAACACCCUCGUCGGCCUUCAAGAACUAUCAUGAAGAAUUCCCACCUUUAGAGAAGGGUCGCACCCUCAAGCUUCGAGACUCCUUUGAGAGUGGCCGGCCGAGAGGGUCGCAACCGCCACCAAGCUCCCAAUCAAGCCAAGAUGUGCUACAAAACGCGGGGGCGAUGGCGCAUUCCCAAGAGUCACCCACGAACCCGGCUAUCACCCCUAAUGUCGUGGAGCAAGAGGAGAUCAUUACGACAACUACCAUGGAGGGAACAAUGGCCUGCCAAUUUAAAGUGAAUCCGUCAACCGCAAUGAAUGCUACCCACAAUAGGGCCGAGAAGGGAGUUAGACCAGACCCUGGUGUCCCCAAACAGGCCGGUGGAGCCGCGGUGGGGACGGAAAAUACUAUUGCAUGGCGAUCUAUGGCUGAUAUGAUCAAGGAGGUCCCGGACCCGAACGGCCCACAAGUUUUCGCACCCGAUAAGCUCCAAACGAUUGGUCUCGCUAUGGUUUCAAAUGGGAUUCCGGCUAUUUACUUUUUGGGAGUGGAGAUUCAGAAGCUCGCCGAGAAUAUGGGACAUGGUAUCGUAGAUAAAUUCUCCCUCUCUAUACCAUCAGUUGGUCAAAUACAAAAAGCUCUCAAUAACAUUAAAUUUCAAUGUGGAUUUACUUGGAAAUAUAUUAAUGCCAAACAUAUUCUCAUCCAAUGCGAGGAAUUGGCGGAUUAUGCUAAGAUACUUAGUGGCCCGAAGGGGACGCCGGUGUGGUUUAUUGACCGCCACCCGAUGAGGGUGUUCAAAUGGACCCCGGAUUUCGAUGCAUAUUGUGAGUCGCCAAUCGCAGCGAUAUGGUGCAACCUAAUCGGGCUCCCUAUUCAUUUGUUCGACCAAUCUGCAUUGUUCGCCAUUGGCAAGCUUCUCGGGACCCCAAUCCAAGUGGAUCGAGCCACCGCGAACAAGACUAGGCUGUCCUUUGCGCGCAUUUGUGUCGAGAUUGACAUCACAAAGCCCCCCCCGGAAAAAAAUAAUAUUGGAUAUUUGCGGAAGAGAGACGGUGCAACAAGUCCGGUGGGACAAAAUUCCAGCCUAUUGCCGCGAAUGCAAGCACGUCGGGCAUGCAAGUAAUGUGUGCUAUGCAGCCGGCAAGACCGAACGGCCGGCAAAGAGGAACUACAAUAGCGCCACCCCUCACAAAAGCCACUCAAGAUGGAAAUGAUCAGACCGAAAAGCAAGCCAACUCAACGCAUAACCCAACUAACACCAACGAAUGGAAACGCCAAGGAAGAAACAAAGGCAAAGGUGCGCAACCGUAAGCCAAACCGAAUAGGGAAGGGAGGAUUGAACCAGAAUGGGAGGGUCCGGAUAUUGUUGGUAACCUACACGGAGAGAUUGUGCUUGUGGAAGACGAACCUAUCAUUUGUGAGCCUCGAAGAGAGGGUACGAGAGAUAAAUCCCCAAAGGGGUCGGGACGAACUGUGUUGGCAAAUGCGGAUGAGGUAAUGGUUGACAAUUGGGAACAAGGUGAUUCUUCUCGCCAAGGCACACCAAGCUACAGAGGGGGCUCCCGAGGGGGUUCGAGAGGGGGUUGGCGCCACCCUUCGUCAAAUGGUGGUAGGAAGGGUGAUGAUUGGAUGGGAAAUGUCAUGAGCACUAACAAGUACUACUCGCUCAUGGCCAAUGAGGAGUUUGACGUCAAAGGAUGCGGGGAGGAGGACAUGGCUGCGAUGGACAUUCAGCCACUUAGCACGAUAAUGAAUCCCUUCCGCGCCUUGAAGACAAGGAACAAGCACGGGACAAAGAACAACAAAUUGUCUUACUUCAAGGAGGGCCUUCACACCUUCCGGUAUUCAAUAUUUCCGAAGUUUUGGAAAAAUAGCGGGAUGGAAUUAAUCCUUCAUUAAUGCAGUUUAAGUCUGCUCCAGAGUCAACCAUAGCUCUUGCUUUGACAUAAAAUUCCUUUUGCA